ACAAGACCAUCAUCAUGUGGAAGCUAACCAGGGACGAGACCAACUAUGGCAUACCACAGCGUGCGCUUCGAGGUCACUCCCAUUUUGUCAGUGAUGUCGUUAUCUCCUCUGAUGGCCAGUUUGCCCUCUCAGGCUCCUGGGAUGGAACACUGCGCCUCUGGGAUCUCACAACGGGCACCACCACGAGACGAUUUGUAGGCCAUACUAAGGAUGUACUGAGUGUAGCCUUCUCCUCCGACAACCGGCAGAUUGUGUCUGGAUCUCGAGACAAGACCAUAAAGUUAUGGAAUACUCUCGGUGUCUGCAAAUACACUGUCCAGGAUGAGAGUCAUUCAGAAUGGGUGUCUUGUGUCCGCUUCUCCCCGAACAGUAGCAACCCUAUCAUCGUCUCCUGUGGAUGGGACAAGCUGGUCAAGGUAUGGAACUUGGCUAACUGCAAGCUGAAGACCAACCACAUUGGUCACACUGGCUAUCUGAACACAGUGACAGUCUCUCCAGAUGGAUCCCUCUGUGCUUCUGGAGGCAAGGAUGGCCAGGCUAUGCUGUGGGAUCUCAAUGAAGGCAAGCACCUUUACACACUAGAUGGUGGGGACAUCAUCAAUGCCUUGUGCUUCAGCCCCAACCGCUACUGGCUCUGUGCUGCCACAGGCCCCAGUAUCAAGAUUUGGGAUUUGGAGGGCAAGAUCAUUGUAGAUGAAUUGAAGCAGGAAGUUAUCAGCACCAGCAGCAAGGCAGAGCCACCCCAGUGUACCUCCCUGGCAUGGUCUGCUGAUGGCCAGACUCUGUUUGCCGGUAACACAGACAACCUGGUUCGAGUGUGGCAAGUGACUAUUGGCACCCGCUAAAAGUUUAUGACAGAGUCUUAGAAAUAAAGUGGCUUUCUGAAAUCUU